AUGGAAGCAGUAUCAUCACGUAUCAGUGCGCUUUCGAACUCCACUGGCGAGUUCCAGCUGGAGUCUUUUAUUUCAAACUUUUCAUGGUGGAAAUUCGCCGUUACCGCCCUAGUCUUGGUGUUGACAUAUGAUCAGGUCUCUUACCAGAUCAACAAGGGGACUGUUGCUGGUCCCAAGUUCAAGAUUUGGCCCAUUAUAGGACCAUUUUUGGAAUCGCUCGACCCAAAGUUCGAGGAAUACUAUGCCAAGUGGGAAUCCGGUCCGCUGUCAUGCGUGUCUAUCUUUCACAAGUUCGUGGUGAUUGCAUCAGAGAGGGACCUCGCCAGGAAGAUUUUCCACAGCCCUGCCUUUGUGAAGCCAUGUGUUGUGGAUGUUGCCCGCAAGAUUUUGAGACCAACAAACUGGGUCUUCCUGGAUGGAAAGGCCCAUGUUGACUAUAGAAACGGUCUCAACGGUCUCUUUACCAAAAAGGCUCUGGAGAUCUACGUUCCAGCCCAGGAGAAGAUCAUUGACAAGUACCUUGACAGAUUCGUUGAAAUGACCAAGGAAGAGCCAUCGGUGUUUUUCCCAGCUUUCAGAGAACUUAUGUGUGCUAUCUCGCUCAAGACCUUCUGCGGUGACUACAUCACGGACGAUCAGAUCAAGCACAUUGCCGACGAGUACUACCGUGUGACUGCUGCCAUGGAACUGGUGAACUUCCCAAUCAUUAUCCCAUACACCAAGACCUGGUACGGCCAGAGAGCUGCGGAUAUGACCAUGAAAAUUUUUGAGGUUUGUGCGCAGGCCGCCAAGGACCACAUUGCUGCUGGUGGUAAACCUACCUGUAUUGCCGAUGCCUGGGUCUUUUUGAUGCAGGAGGCCAGAGACAACAAGACUGAAGAUGUGAACUCCAAACUGUUGGUUCGUGAGUUCUCGAACAAGGAGAUUUCCGAGGCCAUCUUCACCUUUUUGUUUGCCUCGCAGGAUGCCUCGUCGUCUGCCUGUUGUUGGUUGUUUCAGGUUAUCGCUGAUAGACCUGAGGUUGCAGCAAAAAUUCGUGCCGAGCAGUUGGCUGUUCGUAACGGUGAUCCAAACAUGCCUCUCAGCAGUGCCAUGAUCGACGAAAUGACUUACACUAACAUGGCGGUCAAGGAGUGUCUUCGUUACAGACCCCCCGUCAUCAUGGUUCCAUACGUUGCCAAGAAGGCCUAUCCUAUUUCUGAGAGCUACACCGUUCCUAAAGGAGCCAUGAUCAUUCCAACGACUUACCCUGCGCUGCAUGACCCAGAGGUUUACGACGAUCCAGAAGAGUUCAUUCCAGAGAGAUGGGUUGAAGGUUCCAAGGCCUCCAAGAACACCAAGAACUGGCUAGUCUUUGGUACCGGUACCCAUGUGUGUCUGGGACAGAACUACGUAAAGAUGGUGUUUGCGGCCCUCGUCGGAAAGGCGUUCUUGUUCCACGACAUUGAGCACACCAUUACUCCGUUGUCUGAAAAGAUCAAGGUGUUUGCUACUCUGUUCCCUCAGGACGAUUUGAUUCUCAAGUUCAAGAAGAGAGAUCCAUUUGCACCUACCGUGGGCGCUUAG